AUGAUUAUUGGUACUCUAAAUAUAAGGGGGGGAGGUAGUUGGAUCAAAAGGAAACACAUUUGUAGUAUUAUUCAAAAAGGAAAAGCGGAUGUUUUCUUUCUUCAAGAAACUAAGUUGAGUUCUAUUUCGGAUGUGGUGGCUAGGAGCUUGUGGGGAAACUCGGAUGUUGAUUUUUCUUUUUCGGAAUCCGAGGGAAGGUCGGGAGGUAUUCUUAUUUUAUGGAAAGCUAGUUCCGUUUCGGUUGUUCUUAGUUUUCGAGGCAAGGGCUUUUUGGGUAUCAAGGUUUGUUGGAAGAAGAAAUUCUUUUAUUUAGUUAAUGUUUAUGCGGCUUGUUCUUUGCCUUUGAAGCGCAUUAUGUGGGAUGAUUUGGCGGAUUUGAAGCUCAAAUUUAACGAUGGAGAUUGGUUAAUUGGAGGGGAUUUCAACUCCAUUAAAAAAAGUAGCGAAAGAGUUGGUUGUUUUUUGUCCACGCAAAGAACGGAAUGGGGUGAGUUUUCAAACUUUAUCGAUAGGUGUGGUUUGAUUGAUGUUCCUUGUAAAGGUAAAAAAUUUAGUUGGUUUAGUGGGGAUGGAAAAACAAAAAGUAGGUUGGACCGUUUUCUUAUAGAUGGUAAUAUUAUUUCUUCGUGGAGUGUAGUGGGACAACUCAUUGGGCAAAGGGAUGUGUCGGAUCAUUGUCCGGUGUGGUUGGUUGUUGAUAAGGAGGAUUGGGGUCCUAAACCGUUCAAGUUUAAUAAUGAAUGGUUUAACAAUAAGGAGUUUUUGCAUUUUGUGGAGGUUGAGUGGAAGGCGAUAAUUGUUAGAGGGCGAGGUGAUUUUGUCCUAAAGGAGAAAUUUCGUAUCAUUAAGGAUAAGCUUAGAUGGUGGAACAUCACGGUGUUUGGUAAGUACGAUUUGGAAAUUGAGGAUGGGAUUCGUGAAUUGAAUGAGGCGGACGAAUGUGAUGUGUUGGAUGUUGAUAUUCAAACCAUUAAAAAAAUGCAAGUAGUAGAAUUUGGUUGA